AAAAAUAUUUCGCCGUUUCCUAUUGGCUAAAAUCACCCGCAUAAUUCAUCAUAACCAGCUACUGUUGAUCAAACUUGGAAUAUUUUUUUCAUAUUGAACCGGUGACGUCAAAAGUGCAGCAGAGUUGAAGAUUAUUGAACCAUUAACCAAGAAAACCUGGAAACGAGUUUGAUUUGUUUUCGAACUGAGUAAUGGCAGAACAUUUUACUCGUUUCACGACGAAACUAUUGUGUAUAACCUGGAAGGAACAGCAAAAAGACAACUCGACGAACAUCUGCUAUUUGGAGAAUAUUUGCAGACCCGAAAAGCCCUUUAUCUCAUGAACGUCCCGAUAAAGAUCCACUAUCGAUAUGGACUUAACAUCGAUGGAGGUAAGCAUAUUUUAGCUUGUUUUUACACUUGGAAUAAUUUUAAAUGAAUAAUAAAGCAAUCGGCCUCUGUGGAUAAUACCCUCCUGGAUUUGCAGAAUUUUUCAUAUCCUACUCAGCUUCAUUCAGUAAUUGCUAAAUAGCUGCUGGCUAAAUAAAAAGUCUAUGUAAUCAGUUGCAAUUUAUUAUUUGUUGGCGAGGGGGUGGGGACAGGGGCAUGGAAAGGAGCAUUUGAGCACUCUCUGAUAGUGAUUUUUAAAAAAACGAGAAUAACACAAACCAAGUAGAGAAUAGAGCCACAAUUUUUGAGAGAGACAAGAAGGACAUCGUUGUAGCUGUCACCGCGUCAGUCGUAAGCAGUUGUAUUCCAAAUUGAAAGUCAAAUAAAAAGAUAAAAAUCGGUUAAAAGUUAUUGACCAUUCUCUGCGCUUUCAAUGUUCAACCGGUGCUUCCCAGACACUCUAGACAACGUCUCGAUUGCGACGGAACAUUCGCUGCAAAAAGGACUUUUGAGACAGUUACUAGGGACUGGGGACAAAAUUAGUAACAAUCUUGGUAAGAAUUAUUAAGGGAAUCUUGGGAAAAUUCUUGGUAAGAAUUACUACGGGAGUCUUCGCAAGAAUCUUGGAAAGAUUUACUACAGUAAUCUUGGCAACAAUCUUGGUAAGAAUUACUACGGGAAUCUUGGUAAGAGUCUUGACAACAUUUACUACGGGAAUCUUGGUAAGAAUUCCAAAGCAAUCUUGCCAAGAAUCUUCUCAAGAAUUACUACGGGAAUCUUAGAGUCUUGGCAAGAUUUACUACGGGAAUCUUGGCGAGAAUUACUAAGGGAAUCGUUAAAGGAAUCUUGGUAAGAAUUACUACGGAAAUCUUGACAAGAAUCUUGGCAAGAUUUACUACGGCAAUCUUAGUAAGAAUCUUCGCAAGAAUCUUGGCAAGAUUUACUACAGGAAUCUUGCUAAGAAUCUUGGCAAGAAUUACUACGGAAAUCUCAAAAAGAAUCUUGGCAAGAAUUACUACGGGAAUCUCAAAAAGAAUCUUGACAAGUUUUACCACGGAAAUCUUGGUAAGAAUAUUGCCAAGGUUUACUACGGGAAUCUUGGCAAGAAUCUUGGGAAGAAUUACUACGGGAAUCUUGGCAAGAUUUACUACGGGAAUCUUCGUUAGAAUCUUCCCAAGAUUUACUACGGGAAUCUUGGCAAGAAUCUUGGUAAGAAUUACUACGGGGAUCUUGGUGAGAAUCUUAAUAAGAUUUACUAUGGGAAUCUUGGUAAGAACCUUGGUGAGAAUUACUACGGAAAUCUUGGUAAGAAUCUUGGAAAUAUGUACUAAGGGAAUCUUGGUAAGAAUUACUACGGGAAUCUUUGCAAGAAUCUUGGUAAGAAUCUUGGUAAGAAUUACUACGGGAAUCUUGACAAGAAUGUUGGUAAGAAUUACUACCGGAAUCUUGGUAAGAAUCUUGGGGAGAAUUACUACGGGAAUCUUGACAAGAAUCUUGGCAAGUUUUACUACUGAAAUCUUGGUAAGAAUCUUGGCAAGAAUGUUGGUAAAGAAUUACUACGGGAAUCAUGGUAAGAAUCUUGGUAAGAAUUACUACGGGAAUCUUGGAAAGAAUCUUGGGAAGAAUUACUACGGGAAUCUUGACAAGAAUCUUGGCAAGUUUUACCACGGAAAUAUUGGUAAGAAUCAUCGCAAGAUAUACUACGGGAAUCUUGGCAAGAAUCUUGGAAAUAUGUACUACGGGAAUCCUGGUAAGAAUUAUUACGGGAAUCUUGGCAAGAAUCUUGGUAAGAAUUACUACGGGAAUCUUGGUAAGAAUCUUGGUAAGAAUUACUACGGUAAUCUUGGCAAUAGUCUUGGGAAGAAUUUAUAUGGGAAUCUUGACAAGACUCUUAAAAAAAUAGUAAGGGAAUCUUGGCAAGAAACGUGGUAACAAUUACUACGGGAAUGUUGGUAAGAAUCUUGGCAAUAAUUACUACGGGAAUGUUGGCAAAAUCUCGGUAAGAGUUGCUACGGGAAUCUUGGCAAGAAUCUUGGUAAGAAUUACUGCAGGAAUCUUGGGAAGAAUCUUUGGAAGAAUUACUACGGGAAUCUUAGUAAGAAUCUUGGGAAGAAUUACUACGGGAAUCUUGGUAAGAAUCUUGGGAAGAAUUACUAAGGGAAUCUUGGCAAGAAUGUUGGCAAGAUUUGCCACGGGAAUCUUUGUAAGAAUCUUGAGAGGAAUCACUAAGGGAAUCUUGGCAAGAAUGUUGGGAAGAGUUUAAGGUAAUCUUGGCAAGAAUCUUGGUAAGAAUUACUACGGGGAUCUUGGUAAGAAUCUUGGCAAGAGUCUUGGGAACAAUUACUACCGGAAUUUUGGCGAUGGAUCUAUAGAUCGCUGCAUCGGUAGAUCGCUGGAUCUGUAGAUCGCUCGAUCGGUAGAUCGCUGCAUCUGUAGAUCGCCGGAUCGGUAGAUCGAUGGAUGUAUAGAUCGCUGGAUCUGGAAAUCGCUGGAUCGGUAGAUCGAUGGAUCUGAAGAUCGCUUGAUCGGUAGAUCGCUGCAUCUGUAGAUCGCUCGAUCGGUAGAUCGAUCGAUCUAUAGAUCGCUGGAUCUAUAGAUCGCUGGAUCGGUGGAUCGCUGCAUCUCGAGAUCGCCGGAUCGGUAUAUCGAUGGAUGUAUAGAUCGCUGGAUCUGAAUAUCGCUGAAUCGGUAGAUCGAUGGAUCUGUAGAUCGCUGGAUCGGUAGAUCGCUGCAUCUGUAGAUCGGCCGAUCGGUAGAUCGAUUGAUCUAUAGAUCGCUGGAUCUGUAGAUCGCUGGAUCGGUAGAUCCCUUCAUCUGUAUAUCGCAGGAUCGGUAGAUCGCUGAAUCUAUUGAUCGCUAGAUCGGUAGAUCGCUGGAUCUGUAGAUCGCUGGAUCUAUAGAUCGCUUUAUUGGUAGAUCGCUGCAUCAGUAGUUCGCUUGAUCGGUAGAUCGAUUGAUCUAUAGAUCGCUUGAUCGGUAAGUCGAUAAAUCUUUAGAUCUCUGCACCGGUAUUUCGCUGGAUCUCUAGAUCGCUGGAUCGGUAGGUGGAUAGAUCUAUAGAGCACUCGAUAGGUAGAUCGCUGGAUCGGUAGGAGGAUGGAUCUAUAGAUUGCUGGAUCUGUAGAUCGCUGGAUCGGUAGAUCGAUGGAUCUAGAGAUCGCUGAAUGUAUUGAUCGCUGGAUCAGUAGAUAGCUGCAUCUGUAGUUCGGUGGAUCGGUAGAUCGAUUGAUCUAUAGAUCGCUCGAUCUAUAGAUCGCUGGAUCGGUAGAUCGCCGCAUCUGUAGAUCGCCGGAUCGGUAGAUCGCUUGAUCUGUAGAUCGCUGGAUCGGAAGAUCGGUAGAUCCGUGAAUCUGUAGAUCGCUGGAUCGGUAGAUCGCUGCAUCUGUAGAUCGCCGAAUCGGUACAUCGAGGGAUUUGUAGAUUGCUGGAUCUGUAGAUCGCUUGAUCUGUCGAUCGCUGCCUCUGUAGAUCGCUGCAUCGGUACAUCGAUGGAUCUGUAAAUCGCUGCAUCGGUAGAUGGAUGGAUCUAUAGAUCGCUGGAUCGGUAGAUCGCUGAAUCUAUUGAUCGCUGGAUCUACGGAUCGCUGGAUCGGUAGAUCGCUGCAUCUGUAGUUCGCUGGAUCGGUAGAUCGAUGGAUCUAUAGAUCACAAAAUCGGUAAAUCGAUGGAUCUGUAGAUCGCUGCACUGGUAUUUCGCUAGAUCUGUAGAUUGCUUGAUCUGUACAUCGCUGCAUCUGUAGUUCGCUGGAUCGGUAGAUCGCUGCAUCUGUAGGUCGCUGGAUCGGUAGAUCGAUGGAUCUAUAGAUCGCUCGAUCUGUACAUCUCUUGAUCGAUAAAUCGAUGGAUCUGUAAAUCGCUGCACCGGUAGUUCGCUGCGGCUAUAGAUCGCUGGAUCUCUAGAUCGCUGCAUCGUUAGAUCGCUGGAUCGGUACAUCGAUCGAUCUGUAGAUCGCUGGAUCGGUAGAUCGAUGAAUCUAUAGAUUGCUGGAUCUGUAGAUCGCUGGAUCGGUAGAUCGCUGCAUCUGUAGAUCGCCGGAUCGGUAGAUCGAUGGAUCUAUAGAUCGCUGGAUCUGUAGAUCGCUGGAUCGGUAGAUCGCUGCAUCUGUAGAUCGCUGGAUCGGUAGAUCUAUUGAUCGCUAGAUCGUUAGAUCGCUGGAUCUGUAGAUCGCUGGAUCUGUAGAUCGCUUGAUUGGUAGAUCGCUGCAUCUGUAGUUCGCUGGAUCGGUAGAUCAAUUGAUCUAUAGAUCGCUGGAUCAGUAAAUCGAUGGAUCUGUAGAUCGCUGCACAGCUAUUUCGCUCGAUCUCUAGAUCGCUGGGUCAGUAGGUCGAUGGAUCUAAAGAGCGCUUCAUCGGUAGAUCUCUGGAUCAGUAAGUCGAUGGAUCGGUAAAUCCUGGAUCGGUAGAUCGAUGGAUCUAUAAAUUGCUGGAUCUGUAGAUCGCGGGACCUAUAGAUCGCUGGAUCGCUAGAUCGCUGCAUCUGCAGAUCGCUCGAUCGGUAGAUCGAUGGAUCUAUAGAUCGCUGGAUAUGGAGAUCGCUGGAUCGGUAGAUCGAUAGAUCUGUAGAUCGCUUGAUCGGCAGGUCGAUUGACCUAUAGAUCGCUCGAUGUGGAGAUCGCUGGAUCGGUAGAUCGAUGGAUCUGUAGAUCGCUGGAUCGGUAGGUCGAUGGACUUAUAGAUCCCUCGAUCGGUAGAUCGCUGCAUCUGUAGAUCGCUUGAUCGGUAGAUCGCUGCAUCUGUAGUUCGCUGGGUCGGUAGAUCGAUUGAUCUAUAGAUCGCUUGAUCGGUAAAUCGAUGGAUCUGUAAACCGCUGCACCGGUAUUUCGCUGGAUCUCUAGAUCGCUGGAUCGGUAGGUCGAUGGAUCUAAAGAUCGUUUGAUCGGUAGAUCGCUGGAUCGCUAGGUCGACGGAUCUGUAAAGCCUGGAUCGGUGGAUCGAUGGUUCUACAGAUUGGUGGAUCUGUAGAUCCCUGGAUCUCUAGAUCGCUGGGUCUGUAGAUCGCUGCAUCUGUAGAUCGCUGGAUAGGUAGAUCGCUGGAUGUGUAGAUCGCUAGAUCUAUAGAUCGAUUGAUCGGAACAUCGCUGCAUCUGUAGUUCGCUGAAUCCGUAAAUGGAUGGAUGUAUAGAUCGCUGGAUCUGUAGAUCGCUGGAUCUGUAGAUCAAUUUAUCUAUAGAUCGCUGAAUCUGUAGAUCGCAGUUUUCGUAAAUCGCUGGAUUGGUAGAUCGCUGGAUCUAUAGAUCGCUGGAUCGGUAGAUCGCUGGAUCUGUAGAUCGCUGGAUCUAUAGAUCGCUGGAUCUGUACAUCCCUGGAUCGGUAAAUCAAUCGAUCUGUAGAUGCCUGCACCGGUAGUUCCAUAGGUCUAUAGAUCGCUGGAUCUCUAGAUCGCUGGAUUAGUAGGUCGAUGGAUCUAUACAUUGCUGGAUCGGUAGAUCGGUGGAUCUGUAAAACCUGAAUCGGUAGAUCCAUUGAUCUGUAGAUUGCUGGAUCUGUAGAUCGCUGCAUUCUUAGAUCGCUUGAUCGGUAGAUCGAUUGAUCUGUAGAUUGCUUGAUCGGUAGAUCGAUUGAUCUAUAGAUCGAUGGAUCUGUAGAUCGCUGGAUCAGUAGAUCGAUGGAUCUAUAGAUCGCUUGAUCUGUAGAUCGCUGGAUCUAUAGCUCGCUUGAUUGGUAGAUCGCUGCAUCUGUAUUUCGCUGGAUCAGUAGAUGGAUUGAUCUAUAGAUCGCUGGAUCGGUAAAUCGAUGGAUCUGUAGAUCGCUGCACAGGUAUUUCGCUGGAUCUCUAGAUCGCUGGGUUGGUAGGUCAAUGGAUCUAUAGAGCGCUCGAUCGGUAGAUCGCUGGAUCGGUAGGUUGAUGGAUCUGUAGAUCCUGGAUCGGUAGAUCGAUGGAUCUAUAAAUUGCUAGAUCUGUAGAUCGCUGGAUCUAUAGACCGCUGGAUCACUAGAUCGCUAGAUCGCUGUAUCUGUAGACCGCUGGAUCGGUAGAUCGAUGCAUCUAUAGAACGCUGGAUCUGGAGACCGCUGGAUCGGAAGAUCGAUAGAUCUGUAGAUCGCUGGAUCGGCAGGUCGAUGGACCUAUAGAUCUCUGGAUCUGGAGAUCGCUGGAUCGGUAGAUGGAUGGAUCUGUAGAUUGCUGGAUCGGUAGAUCGCUGCAUCUGUAGUUCGCUGGAUCGGUAGAUCGACUUAUCUAUAGAUCGCUGGAUCGGUAAAUCGAUCGAUCUGUAAACCGCUGCACUGGUAUGUCGCUGGAUCUCUAGAUCGGUGGAUCGGUAGGUCGAUGGAUCUAUAGAUCGCUGGAUCGGUAGAUCGCUGGAUCGCUAGGUCGACGGAUCUGUAAAGCCUUGAUCGGUGGAUCGAUUGUUCUACAGAUUGCUGGAUCUGUAGAUCGCUGGAUCUCUAGAUCGCUGGGUCGGUAGAUCGCUGCAUCUGUAGAUCGCUGGAUGUGUAGAUCGCUGGAUCUAUAGAUCGCUGGAUCGGUAGAUCGCUGCAUCUGUAGUUCGCUGAAUCGGUAAAUGGAUGGAUCUAUAGAUCGCUGGAUCUGUAGAUCGCUGGAUCUGUAGAUCAAUGGAUAUAUAGAUCGCUGAAUCUGUAGAUCGCGUUUUUAGUAGAUCGCUGGAUUGGUAGAUCGAUGAAUCUGUAGAUCGUGGAUUUAUAGAUCGCUCGAUCCAUAGAUCGCUGCAUCUAUAGAUCUCUGGAUCUAUAGAUCGCUCGAUCGGUACAUCGGUGGAUCUGUUAUCGCUUGAUCGGUAGGUCUAUGGACCUAUAGAUCGCUGGAUCAGUAGAUCGCUGCAUCUGUAGAUCGCCAGAUCGGUAGAUCGAUGGAUCUGUAGAUCGCUGGAUUUAUAGAUCGCUUGAUUGGUAGAUCGCUGCAUCUGUAGUUCGCUGGAUCAGUAGAUGGAUUGAUCUAUAGAUCGCUGGAUCGGUAAAUCGAUAGAUCUGUAGAUCGCUGCACCGGUAUUUCGCUGGAUCGGUAGGUCGAGGGAUCUAUAGAGCGCUGGAUCAGUAAAUCGCUGGAUCGGUAGAUUGCUGAAUCUAUUGAUCGCUGGAUCGGUAGAUCGCUGGAUCUGUAGAUCGUUGCAUCUGUAGUUCCCUCGAUCGGUAGAUGGAUUGAUCUAUAGAUCGCUUGAUCGGUAAAUCGAUAGAUCUGUACAUCGCUGCACCGGUAUUUCGCUGGAUCGGUAGAUCGAUGGAUCUGUAAAUCGCUGGAUCGGUAGAUGGAUGGAUCUAUAGAUCGCUGGAUCUGGAGAUCGCUGGAUCGCUAGAUGGCUGGAUCGGUAGAUUGCUUAAUGUAUAGAUCGGUGGAUCAGUAGAUCACUGCAUCUGUAGAUCGCCGGAUCGGUAGAUCGAUGGAUCUAUAGAUCGCCGAGUCUGUAGAUCAGUAGAUCGGUAGAUCGCUGGAUCUGUAGAUCGCCGGAUGGGUAGAUCGAUGGAUCUAAAGAUCGCAGGAUCUGGAGAUCGCUGGAUCGCUAGAUCGCUUAAUGUAUAGAUCGGUGGAUCAGUAGAUCACUGCAUCUGUAGAUCGCCGGAUCGGUAGAUCGAUGGAUCCAUAGAUCGCUGGAUGGGUAGGUCGAUCGACCUAUACAUAGUUGGAUCUUUAGAUUGCUGGAUCUAUAGAUCGCUAGAUCGGUAGAUCGAUCGAUCUGUAGAUUGCUCGAUCGGUAGGUCGAUGGAUCUCUAAAUCGCUGGAUCGGUAGAUCGAUUGAUCUCUAGAUCGCUAAAUCUGUAGAUCACUGGAUUCAAUGAUCGUGGAUCUGUAGAUCGCUGGAUGUGUAGAUCGCUGGAUCGGUAAAUCGAUGGAUCUGUAGAUCGCUGGAUCGAUAGAUCGAUGGAUCGGUAGUUCGCUGCAUCUGUACAUCGCUGGAUCACUAGAUUGUUGGAUCUGUAGAUCGCUAGAUCGGUAGAUCGAUGGGUCUGUAGAUCGCUGGAUCGAUAGGUCGAUGGAUCUAUUGAUCCAUUGAUCUCUAGAUCGUUCGAUCUGUAGAUCGCUGAAUCUAUAGAUCGCUAGAUCUAUGAACCUCUAGAUUGUUAGAUCGCAGGAUCUCUAGCUCGCAGGAUCUAGAGAUUGCUGGAUCGGUACAUCUCUGCAUCUGUAGUUCGCUCGAUCGGUAGAUCGCUGCAUCUGUAGGUCGCUGGAUCGGUAGAUCGAUGGAUCGAGAGAUCGCUAGAUCUGUACAUCCCUUGAUCGAUAAAUCGAUGGAUCUGUAGAUCGCUGCACCGGUAGUUCGAUUGGUCUAUAGAUCGCUGAAUCUCUAGAUCGCUGCAUCGUUAGAUCGCUGGAUCGGUAGAUCGAUGAAUCUAUAGAUCGCUGGAUCUGUAGAUCGCUGGAUCGGUAGAUCGCUGCAUCUGUAGAUCGCCGGAUCGGUAGAUCGAUGGAUCUAUAGAUCGCUGGAUCUGUAGAUCGCUGGAUCGGUAGAUCGCUGCAUCUGUAGAUCGCUGGAUCGGUAGAUCGCUGGAUCUAUUGAUCGCUAGAUCGGUAGAUCGCUGGAUCUGUAGAUCGCUGGAUCUAUAGAUCGCUUGAUUGGUAGAUCGCUGCAUCUGUAGUUCGCUGGAUCGGUAGAUCAAUUGAUCUAUAGAUCGCUGGAUCAGUAAAUCGAUGGAUCUGUAGAUCGCUGCACAGCUAUUUCGCUCGAUCUCUAGAUCGCUGGGUCAGUAGGUCGAUGGAUCUAUAGAGCGCUUCAUCGGUAGAUCUCUGGAUCAGUAGGUCGAUGGAUCGGUAAAUCCUGGAUCGGUAGAUCGAUGGAUCUAUAAAUUGCUGGAUCUGUAGAUUGCUGGACCUAUAGAUCGCUGGAUCGCUAGAUCGCUGCAUCUGUAGAUCGCUCGAUCGGUAGAUCGAUGGAUCUAUAGAUCGCUGGAUAUGGAGAUCGCUGGAUCGGUAGAUCGAUAGAUCUGUAGAUCGCUUGAUCGGCAGGUCGAUUGACCUAUAGAUCGCUCGAUGUGGAGAUCGCUGGAUCGGUAGAUCGAUGGAUCGGUAGAUCGCUGCAUCUGUAGGUCGAUGGAUCGGUAGAUCGAUGGAUCUAUAGAUCGCUGCAUCUGUAGAUCGCUUGAUCGGUAGAUCGCUGCAUCUGUAGAUCGCUUGAUCGGUAGAUCGCUGAAUCUAUUGAUCGCUUGAUCGGUAGAUCGCUGCAUCUGUCUUUCGCUGGAUCGGUAGAUCGAUUGAUCUAUAGAUCGCUUGAUCGGUAAAUCGAUGGAUCUGUAAACCGCUGCACCGGUAUUUCGCUGGAUCUCUAGAUCGCUGGAUCGGUAGGUCGAUGGAUCUAAAGAUCGUUUGAUCGGUAGAUCGCUGGAUCACUAGGUCGACGGAUCUGUAAAGCCUGGAUCGGUGGAUCGAUGGUUCUGCAGAUUGGUGGAUCUGUAGAUCGCUGGGUCUGUAGAUCGCUGCAUCUGUAGAUCGCUGGAUAGGUAGAUCGCUGGAUGUGUAGAUCGCUGGAUCUAUAGAUCGCUUGAUCGGAACAUCGCUGCAUCUGUAGUUCGCUGAAUCCGUAAAUGGAUGGAUGUAUAGAUCGCUGGAUCUGUAGAUCGCUGGAUCUGUAGAUCAAUUUAUCUAUAGAUCGCUGAAUCUGUAGAUCGCAGUUUUCGUAAAUCGCUGGAUUGGUAGAUCGCUGGAUCUAUAGAUCGCUGGAUCGGUAGAUCGCUGGAUCUGUACAUCCCUGGAUCGGUAAAUCAAUCGAUCUGUAGAUGCCUGCACCAGUAGUUCCAUAGGUCUAUAGAUCGCUGGAUCUCUAGAUCGCUGGAUUAGUAGGUCGAUGGAUCUAUACAUUGCUGGAUCGGUAGAUCGCUGGAUCUGUAAAACCUGAAUCGGUAGAUCCAUUGAUCUGUAGGUUGCUGGAUCUGUAGAUCGCUGCAUUCUUAGAUCGCUUGAUCGGUAGAUCGAUUGAUCUGUAGAUUGCUUGAUCGGUAGAUCGAUUGAUCUAUAGAUCGCUGGAUCUGUAGAUCGCUGGAUCAGUAGAUCGAUUGAUCUAUAGAUCGCUUGAUCUGUAGAUCGCUGGAUCUAUAGCUCGCUUGAUUGGUAGAUCGCUGCAUCUGUAGUUCGCUGGAUCAGUGGAUCGAUUGAUCUAUAGAUCGCUGGAUCGGUAAAUCGAUGGAUCUGUAGAUCGCUGCACAGGUAUUUCGCUGGAUCUCUAGAUCGCUGGGUUGGUAGGUCAAUGGAUUUAUAGAGCGCUCGAUCGGUAGAUCGCUGGUUCGGUAGGUCGAUGGAUCUGUAAAUCCUGGAUCGGUAGAUCGAUGGAUCUAUAAAUUGCUAGAUCUGUAGAUCGCUGGAUCUAUAGAUCGCUGGAUCGCUAGAUCGCUAGAUCGCUAGAUCGCUGUAUCUGUAGACCGCUGGAUCGGUAGAUCGAUGCAUCUAUAGAACGCUGGAUCUGGAGACCGCUGGAUCGGAAGAUCGAUAGAUCUGUAGAUCGCUGGAUCGGCAGGUCGAUGGACCUAUAGAUCCCUGGAUCUGGUGAUCGCUGGAUCGGUAGAUGGAUGGAUCUGUAGAUCGCUGGAUCGGUAGAUCGCUGCAUCUGUAGAUCGCUGGAUCGGUAGAUCGCUGCAUCUGUAGUUCGCUGGAUCGGUAGAUCGACUUAUCUGUAGAUCGCUGGAUCGGUAAAUCGAUCGAUCUGUAAACCGCUGCACUGGUAUGUCGCUGGAUCUCUAGAUCGCUGGAUCGGUAGGUCGAUGGAUCUAUAGAUCGCUGGAUCGGUAGAUCGCUGGAUCGCUAGGUCGACGGAUCUGUAACGCCUUGAUCGGUGGAUCGAUUGUUCUACAGAUUGCUGGAUCUGUAGAUCGCUGGAUCGCUAGAUCGCUUAAUGUAUAGAUCGGUGGAUCAGUAGAUCACUGCAUCUGUAGAUCGCCGGAUCGGUAGAUCGAUGGAUCUAUAGAUCGCUGGAUGGGUAGGUCGAUCGACCUAUACAUAGUUGGAUCUUUAGAUUGCUGGAUCUAUAGAUCGCUAGAUCGGUAGAUCGAUCGAUCUGUAGAUUGCUCGAUCGGUAGGUCGAUGGAUCUCUAAAUCGCUGGAUCGGUAGAUCGAUUGAUCUCUAGAUCGCUAAAUCUGUAGAUCACUGGAUUCAAUGAUCGUGGAUCUGUAGAUCGCUGGAUGUGUAGAUCGCUGGAUCGGUAAAUCGAUGGAUCUGUAGAUCGCUGGAUCGAUAGAUCGAUGGAUCGGUAGUUCGCUGCAUCUGUACAUCGCUGGAUCACUAGAUUGUUGGAUCUGUAGAUCGCUAGAUCGGUAGAUCGAUGGGUCUGUAGAUCGCUGGAUCGAUAGGUCGAUGGAUCUAUUGAUCCAUUGAUCUCUAGAUCGUUCGAUCUGUAGAUCGCUGAAUCUAUAGAUCGCUAGAUCUAUGAACCUCUAGAUUGUUAGAUCGCAGGAUCUCUAGCUCGCAGGAUCUAUAGAUCGCUGGAUCGGUAGGUCCCUGGAUCUGUAGAUAGCUGGAUCGGUAGAUCGCUGCAUCUGUAGUUCGCUGGAUCGGUAGAUCGAUGGAUCUAUAGAUCGCUCGAUCUGUACAUCCCUUGAUCGAUAAAUCGAUGGAUCUGUAGAUCGCUGCACCGGUAGUUCGCUGCGGCUAUAGAUCGCUGGAUCUCUAGAUCGCUGCAUCGUUAGAUCGCUGGAUCGGUACAUCGAUCGAUCUGUAGAUCGCUGGAUCGGUAGAUCGAUGAAUCUAUAGAUUGCUGGAUCUGUAGAUCGCUGGAUCGGUAGAUCGCUGGAUCUGUAGAUCGCUGGAUCGGUAGAUCGCUGCAUCUGUAGAUCGCUGGAUCGGUAGAUCGCUGGAUCUAUUGAUCGCUAGAUCGGUAGAUCGCUGGAUCUGUAGAUCGCUGGAUCUAUAGAUCGCUUGAUUGGUAGAUCGCUGCAUCUGUAGUUCGCUGGAUCGGUAGAUCAAUUGAUCUAUAGAUCGCUGGAUCAGUAAAUCGAUGGAUCUGUAGAUCGCUGCACAGCUAUUUCGCUCGAUCUCUAGAUCGCUGGGUCAGUAGGUCGAUGGAUCUAUAGAGCGCUUCAUCGGUAGAUCUCUGGAUCAGUAGGUCGAUGGAUCGGUAAAUCCUGGAUCGGUAGAUCGAUGGAUCUAUAAAUUGCUGGAUCUGUAGAUUGCUGGACCUAUAGAUCGCUGGAUCGCUAGAUCGCUGCAUCUGUAGAUCCCUCGAUCGGUAGAUCGAUGGAUCUAUAGAUCGCUGGAUAUGGAGAUCGCUGGAUCGGUAGAUCGAUAGAUCUGUAGAUCGCUUGAUCGGCAGGUCGAUUGACCUAUAGAUCGCUCGAUGUGGAGAUCGCUGGAUCGGUAGAUCGAUGGAUCGGUAGAUCGCUGCAUCUGUAGGUCGAUGGAUCGGUAGAUCGAUGGAUCUAUAGAUCGCUGCAUCUGUAGAUCGCUUGAUCGGUAGAUCGCUGCAUCUGUAGAUCGCUUGAUCGGUAGAUCGCUGAAUCUAUUGAUCGCUUGAUCGGUAGAUCGCUGCAUCUGUCUUUCGCUGGAUCGGUAGAUCGAUUGAUCUAUAGAUCGCUUGAUCGGUAAAUCGAUGGAUCUGUAAACCGCUGCACCGGUAUUCCGCUGGAUCUCUAGAUCGCUGGAUCGGUAGGUCGAUGGAUCUAAAGAUCGUUUGAUCGGUAGAUCGCUGGAUCACUAGGUCGACGGAUCUGUAAAGCCUGGAUCGGUGGAUCGAUGGUUCUGCAGAUUGGUGGAUCUGUAGAUCGCUUGGUCUGUAGAUCGCUGCAUCUGUAGAUCGCUGGAUAGGUAGAUCGCUGGAUGUGUAGAUCGCUGGAUCUAUAGAUCGCUUGAUCGGAACAUCGCUGCAUCUGUAGUUCGCUGAAUCCGUAAAUGGAUGGAUGUAUAGAUCGCUGGAUCUGUAGAUCGCUGGAUCUGUAGAUCAAUUUAUCUAUAGAUCGCUGAAUCUGUAGAUCGCAGUUUUCGUAAAUCGCUGGAUUGGUAGAUCGCUGGAUCUAUAGAUCGCUGGAUCGGUAGAUCGCUGGAUCUGUAGAUCGCUGGAUCUAUAGAUCGCUGGAUCUGUACAUCCCUGGAUCGGUAAAUCAAUCGAUCUGUAGAUGCCUGCACCAGUAGUUCCAUAGGUCUAUAGAUCGCUGGAUCUCUAGAUCGCUGGAUUAGUAGGUCGAUGGAUCUAUACAUUGCUGGAUCGGUAGAUUGCUGGAUCUGUAAAACCUGAAUCGGUAGAUCCAUUGAUCUGUAGGUUGCUGGAUCUGUAGAUCGCUGCAUUCUUAGAUCGCUUGAUCGGUAGAUCGAUUGAUCUGUAGAUUGCUUGAUCGGUAGAUCGAUUGAUCUAUAGAUCGCUGGAUCUGUAGAUCGCUGGAUCAGUAGAUCGAUUGAUCUAUAGAUCGCUUGAUCUGUAGAUCGCUGGAUCUAUAGCUCGCUUGAUUGGUAGAUCGCUGCAUCUGUAGUUCGCUGGAUCAGUGGAUCGAUUGAUCUAUAGAUCGCUGGAUCGGUAAAUCGAUGGAUCUGUAGAUCGCUGCACAGGUAUUUCGCUGGAUCUCUAGAUCGCUGGGUUGGUAGGUCAAUGGAUUUAUAGAGCGCUCGAUCGGUAGAUCGCUGGUUCGGUAGGUCGAUGGAUCUGUAAAUCCUGGAUCGGUAGAUCGAUGGAUCUAUAAAUUGCUAGAUCUGUAGAUCGCUGGAUCUAUAGAUCGCUGGAUCGCUAGAUCGCUAGAUCGCUAGAUCGCUGUAUCUGUAGACCGCUGGAUCGGUAGAUCGAUGCAUCUAUAGAACGCUGGAUCUGGAGACCGCUGGAUCGGAAGAUCGAUAGAUCUGUAGAUCGCUGGAUCGGCAGGUCGAUGGACCUAUAGAUCCCUGGAUCUGGUGAUCGCUGGAUCGGUAGAUGGAUGGAUCUGUAGAUCGCUGGAUCGGUAGAUCGCUGCAUCUGUAGAUCGCUGGAUCGGUAGAUCGCUGCAUCUGUAGUUCGCUGGAUCGGUAGAUCGACUUAUCUGUAGAUCGCUGGAUCGGUAAAUCGAUCGAUCUGUAAACCGCUGCACUGGUAUGUCGCUGGAUCUCUAGAUCGCUGGAUCGGUAGGUCGAUGGAUCUAUAGAUCGCUGGAUCGGUAGAUCGCUGGAUCGCUAGGUCGACGGAUCUGUAAAGCCUUGAUCGGUGGAUCGAUUGUUCUACAGAUUGCUGGAUCUGUAGAUCGCUGGAUCUAUAGAUCGCUGGAUCGGUAGAUCGCUGCAUCUGUAGAUCGCUGGAUAGGUAGAUCGCUGGAUGUGUAGAUCGCUGGAUCUAUAGAGCGCUGGAUCGGUAGAUCGCUGCAUCUGUAGUUCGCUGAAUCGGUAAAUGGAUGGAUCUAUAGAUCGCUGGAUCUGUAGAUCAAUGGAUAUAUAGAUCGCUGAAUCUGUAGAUCGCGUUUUUGGUAGAUCGCUGGAUUGGUAGAUCGAUGAAUCUGUAGAUCGCUGGAUUUAUAGAUCGCUCGAUCCAUAGAUCGCUGCAUCUAUAGAUCUCUGGAUCUAUAGAUCGCUCGAUCGGUACAUCGCUGGAUCUGUAGAUCGCUUGAUCGGUAGGUCUAUGCACCUAUAGAUCGCUGGAUCAGUAGAUCGCUGCAUCUGUAGAUCGCCGGAUCGGUAGAUCGAUGGAUCUAUAGAUCGCUGCAUCUGUAGAUCGCUGGAUCGGUAGAUUGCUGAAUCUAUUGAUCGCUGGAUCGGUAGAUCGCUGGAUCUGUAGAUCGCUGGAUUUAUAGAUCGCUCGAUCCAUAGAUCGCUGCAUCUAUAGAUCUCUGGAUCUAUAGAUCGCUCGAUCGGUACAUCGGUGGAUCUGUAGAUCGCUUGAUCGGUAGGUCUAUGCACCUAUAGAUCGCUGGAUCAGUAGAUCGCUGCAUCUGUAGAUCGCCGGAUCGGUAGAUCGAUGGAUCUAUAGAUCGCUGCAUCUGUAGAUCGCUGGAUCGGUAGAUUGCUGAAUCUAUUGAUCGCUGGAUCGGUAGAUCGCUGGAUCUGUAGAUCGCUGGAUUUAUAGAUCGUUUGAUUGGUAGAUCGCUGCAUCUGUAGUUCGCUGGAUCAGUAGAUGGAUUGAUCUAUAGAUCGCUGGAUCGGUAAAUCGAUAGAUCUGUAGAUCGCUGCACCGGUAUUUCGCUGGAUCGGUAGGUCGAGGGAUCUAUAGAGCGCUGGAUCAGUAAAUCGCUGGAUCGGUAGAUUGCUGAAUCUAUUGAUCGCUGGAUCGGUAGAUCGCUGGAUCUGUAGAUCGCUUGAUUGGUAGAUCGUUGCAUCUGUAGUUCCCUCGAUCGGUAGAUGGAUUGAUCUAUAGAUCGCUUGAUCGGUAAAUCGAUAGAUCUGUACAUCGCUGCACCGGUAUUUCGCUGGAUCGGUAGAUCGAUGGAUCUGUAAAUCGCUGGAUCGGUAGAUGGAUGGAUCUAUGGAUCGCUGGAUCUGGAGAUCGCUGGAUCGCUAGAUGGCUGGAUCGGUAGAUCGCUUAAUGUAUAGAUCGGUGGAUCAGUAGAUCACUGCAUCUGUAGAUCGCCGGAUCGGUAGAUCGAUGGAUCUAUAGAUCGCCGAGUCUGUAGAUCACUAGAUCGGUAGAUCGCUGGAUCUUGAUGUGAAUUCAAUACAGUUAACUCUGAGUCACGAUUUAGAUAACCUAAACAAAUGGCUUAUUUCCAAUAAACUUACUUUGAACACUUCUAAAACUGAAUUCAUGCUAAUUGGCUCCAGACAAAAAUUGAGUACUUUGUCGAACCCACUUGAGCUCUCGAUUAAUAAUGUUCCGAUAGAACACGUUUCCUCUGUCAAAUCGCUUGGAAUAUUUAUUGAUGAAAAUCUACGGUGGCAAACACACAUUGAUAAAUUAUCUAAAAAGGUCGCUUCCGGAAUUGGAGCAAUAAAAAGAAUUAGACCUUUUGUCCCUCCACCUACCCUUCACUAUAUAUACAACUCACUAAUUCAAUCUCAUUUCGAUUAUUGCAAUCUUGUCUGGGGUAAUUGUGGUAAAACAUUAUUUGACAGGCUACAGAAGCUUCAGAACCGUGCCGCUCGCGUUUUAACCUUCUCUAGCUAUGAUGCUGAUGCUAACCGUUUGAUUAGACAACUCGAUUGGAAAGACUUGAGCACUCAAUUUCAAAUACAGAAAUCCAUAAUGGUAUACAAGUCUUUAAAUGGCCUUGUUCCUGAAUAUUUAUCAUCUAAGUUUGUUAAACGAAAUGAAACGCGUUACUCCCUGAGGGACUCUGUUAACAAACUAUUUGUCCCAUUUCCGCGAACUAAUUUCAUGAAAAACAGCUUUACUUAUAGCGGAACAGUUCUCUGGAACAGCCUACCCUGUCAUGUGAGAGAAGCCGAAUCUCUUAGUCAAUUUAAAAGAUUAGUUAAUGUUCAUUUUUAAUGUUAUACACGGCAUUCAUGAAAAACAGGUUUUAGUUAGAUUAGUUGUAGUCAGGUUUUGAAUUUUGUUUAGGAUAGUUAGGUUAUUUUUAAUUUUUUUAAAUUCCUGAUGGAUUUUACCGUGUUUAAAUAAAGAUUGACUUGACUUGACUUGACUGUAGAUCGCCGGAUGGGUAGAUCGAUGGAUCUAUAGAUCGCAGUUUCUGGAGAUCGCUGGAUCGCUAGAUGGCUGGAUCGGUAGAUCGCUUAAUGUAUAGAUCGGUGGAUCAGUAGAUCACUGCAUCUGUAGAUCGCCGGAUCGGUAGAUCGAUGGAUCUAUAGAUCGCUGGAUGGGUAGGUCGAUCGACCUAUACAUAGUUGGAUCUUUAGAUUGCUGGAUCUAUAGAUCGCUAGAUCGGUAUAUCGAUCGAUCUGUAGAUUGCUUGAUUGGUAGGUCGAUGGAUCUCUAGAUCGCUAAAUCUGUAGAUGGCUGGAUUCAAUGAUCGUGGAUCGGUAGAUGGCUGGAUGUGUAGAUCGCUGGAUCGGUAAAUCGAUGGAUCUGUAGAUCGCUGGAUCGAUAGAUCGAUGGAUCGGUAGAUCGCUGCAUCUGUACAUCGCUGGAUUACUAGAUCGUUGGAUCUGUAGAUCGCUAGAUCGGUAGAUCGAUGGGUCUGUAGAUCGCUGGAUCGAUAGGUCGAUGGAUCUAUUGAUCCAUGGAUCUCUAGAUCGUUCGAUCUGUAGAUCGCUGAAUCUAUAGAUCGCUGGAUCUAUAAAUCUCUAGAUUGUUAGAUCGCUGGAUCUCUAGCUCGCUGGAUCUAUAGAUCGCUGGUCUGUCCCUGGAUCUGUAGAUCGCUGGAUCGGUAGAUCGCUGCAUCUGUAGUUCGCUUGAUCGGUAGAUCGAUGGAUCUAUAGAUCGCUGGAUCUGUACGUCCCUGGAUCAGUAAAUCGAUGGAUCUGUAGAACUGGAUCUCUAGAUCGCUGGAUCGGUAGAUCGAUGGAUCUGUAAAUCCUGGAUCGGCAAAUCGAUGUAUGUAUAGAUUGCUCUCUCUGUAGAUCGCUGGAUCUAUAGAUCUCUGGAUCGGUAGAUCGCUUCAUCUGUAGUUCGCUGGAUCGGUAGAUCGAUGGAUCGGUAGAUCGAUGGAUCUAUAGAUCGCUGGAUCGGUAGAUCACUGGAUCUGUAGAUCGCUGGAUCUAUAGAUGGCUGGAUCGGUACAUCGAUGGAUCUGUAAAUUGCUGGAUCGGUAGAUCGAUGGAUCUAUAGAUUACUGGAUCGGUAGAUCGCUGGAUCGGUAGAUCGAUGGAUCUGUAAAUUGCUGGAUCGGUAGAUCGCUGGAUUUGUAGAACGCGAGAUAGGUAGAUCGAUGGAUCUGUAGAUCGCUGGAUCAGUAGAUCGCUGGAUCGUUAGAUCGCUGCAUCUGUAGAUCGCUUGAUCUUUAGAUCGGUGGAACGGUAGAUCGAUUGAUCUAUAUAUCGGUGGAUCUGUAGGUCGCUGGAUCGUAAGAUCGAUGGAUUUAUAAAUCGCUGGAUCCGUAGAUCGUUGGAUCUGUAGAUCGCUCGAUCUGUAGAUCAAUGGAUCUAUAGAUCGCUGAAUCUGUAGAUUGCUGUUUUGGUAGAUCGCUGGAUCGGUAGAUCGAUAGAUCUGUAGAUCGCUGGAUCAGUAGAUCGCUGGAUCGGUGGAUCGCUAAAUCUGUAGAUCGCUGGAUCGGUAGAUCGCUGCAUCUGUAGAUUGCUGGAUCGGUAGAUCGCUAAAUCUAUAGAUCGCUGGAUCCUGGAUCUGUAGAUCGCUGGAUCGGUAUAUCGCUGCAUCUGUAGUUCGCUGGAUCGGUAGAUCGAUGGAUCUAUAUAUCGCUGGAUCUUUAAAUCGAUGGAUCUGUAGAUCGCUGCAGCGGUAUUCGAUGAGUCUAUAGAUCGCUGGAUCGGUAGGUCGAUGGAUCUAUAGAUCGCUGGAUCGGUAGAUCGCUGGAUAGGUAGGUCGAUGGAUCUGUAAAUCCUUGAUUGGUAGAUCCAUGGAUCUAUAGAUUGCUGUAUCUGUAGAUCGCUGGAUCUAUAGAUCGCUGGAUCGGUAGAUCGCUGCAUGUGUACAUGGCCGGAUCGGUAGAUCGAUGGAUCUGUAGAUCGCUGGAUCGGUAGAUGGAUGGAUCUAUAGAUCGCUGGAUCUGUAGAUCGCUGGAUCGGUAGAUCGAAGGAUCUAUAGAUCGCUGGAUCUGUAGAUCGCUGGAUCAGUAGAUCGCUGGAUCGGUAGAUCGCUGAAUCUAUAGAUCGUCUGGAUCGGUAGAUCGCACCAUCUGUAGAUCAGCGGAUCAGUAGAUCGAUGGAUAUAUAGAUCGCUGAUCUGUUGAUCGCUGGAUCGGUAGGUCGAUGGACCUAUAGAUCGUUGGAUCUGUAGAUUGCUGGAUCUAUAGAUAGAUCGGUAGAUCGAUGGAUCUGUAGAUCCCUGGAUCUGUAAAUCGUUGCACCAGUAGUUCGAUGGGUCUAUAGAUCGCUGGAUCUGUAGAUGGCUGGAUGGGUAGAUCGAUGGAUAUAUAGAUCGCUCUAUCUGUGUGACGUCAGUGGUGAGGUUUUAGAGCGGGGAUGAGCAGGAUUCUGACAUCGCAACUUAAGUUUGAAAAACCGAUAUUGAUAGACACAUCAGUGGAUAGGCUGGCUAGUCUGCUGUAUAUACACUGCGGUGUUAUAAUUGCGGAAAGGAAAUUAGUUUUGUGAAGUUUGCCUCUCUCUUUUUUAAUGUUUGCUACCCAUUACACGCCCCUGGUUGGGCUCCCACAAAUAAAUAUACGCCACUGCAUGGCUACUAGAUCAUUUAGGCUAGUAAAUAUGUAGCUCUUUGCGGCCCUUGAGUUGUUUUUAUAGCAUAUUUAUGCUGUGUUAUUUCCUUUGUGUUUUUAAUAGUCACGAUUUCAAUUGAAUCGUAAAUUGGAAGAAGUCAACGCCCAUUUAGAAGAGCAGGUAUGAAUUUGCAACUACAUUUUUUGUUGGAUGAAUGAUCUAAUAUAUUGUAAACUUGAUUUGAUGUGUGGACACCUUCUUCAUUGAAAUCGGUAGUAAACACAGUUAUCGGUUUACAAGUGUAAGGUUGAAUAUUAUCCAAUUUCCUACUCGAGCCUUAACUUGUGUUUAUAUCUCAAGGUCGUUGUUAGUCUUUUGACACGAUAUAUGAGAGGGUGCCUUAAUUUAUUCGGGUUGAUCAAACUUUGGAACCGGUUAAAUUACGAUUGCAUAAUUUGGCUAGAGUAUUCAUUAGGUGACAGUUUAAAUGAUAUCGCACGAAAGGCAGUUGAGAAUUUGAUUUCGUAAUGAAUUCUCAAGAUAUUUAAUUUUGUUUCUCAUUUUCUCUAGGCCGUGGCCCGAGAGAAACUGGACAAAAUGCGGGAAGAGAACGAAUCGAAGACAAGAAAGCAGUUAGAGAGGACCAUAUCAGGCUUAAAGGUGGGUAGAUCCCCAAAUUUAAUAUUUCAUUGAGAAUUGUCGCAUUGCGGAAAAACAAGAAUCUCUUGGGCUCAAAGUUGCUGCUUUCUCAGUUUCUAUCGCAGUCCUCUCCUCCUAGGUAAUAGCCAAGACGCGUCAAAUUGAAUUAGGCCAUCCGUGUGGCGCAUCCAUUAUUUUCACAUUGCCCACGAUGCACUGUGUCCUGCAACAUUUUGCAUCAACAUUGCUUCAAUUUCUCCUGGAUAUUACAGUCGCCCCUUACAAUUUUUGGUGUGGGGUGAGGCGGGGGGGUGAACAUGGUACAUUAUGGGCGAUGAGAAAAUGUGGAAUAGAGAAUUAACAUAUCUGAAACCAAUCGCUGUAAAACGCGAGAGGCUUCACGUAUAUGAAGUACCCAUCUCUUCAGAACUGUACCUGAUUUGGUUAAAACUUCCCUUUUAUCAAUGAGGGCACUCUGCACAUAUCAAUUUUUUGGCCACUUGAAAAACUGCGUGCAUUUCAAUUGACGUUGGCGUUUACUGUUGCUUUAUCAGGCUGAUGUUGCUAAAAUGCGCGCGGGUUUGCAUGAGAGCCAAACACAAAAAGAAACUUUUGAUGCUGAAGGCAAGAGGUACAAGGUAAGGUUUACUGAUAAUGCUGCUGUCCAUUCACGCAUAUUUGAUGAUGUGUUGUUUCUCUAAUCCAUUUUGCCUUUUACGGUAUGAUUUUUAACCUUAAAAUGUACGUAAGCCUUUUCUUUCUAGUGGCCGGCGGCAAUGCAUAUUAAUUGAUGAAAAAGAAAGUUUUUACUUAAAAAAAAAAAGGUUCAACUACCGCAGGACUGCUGGGACACCAACAUGGCCGCCGUUUUAUGCUUUUUGGAACACCAAUAUUAUAAAGAAUAAACUAAAGUGUAUCUUUCGCGUUUUUUUAGGAUUUGUACCAGAGUGAAUUAAAAUCUAAAGACAAACUCGCCAACCGCUUGUAUAAAGCAAAUGAGAAGAUGGCGGAGUCCCAAGCCUUGCUCAAGUGAGUUGUUACAUGAUGUUCUUUACUUCACCCUCCUGGAAAAAUUAGUACAGUGUGUUUAUGCGAAGAGUUGAUGUGAAAAUUACAUGCUUAAUUGAUAGUAGAAGCGCUCAGGUUGUGUCAGUUGCCCGUUUAUCGAAAUUCUGUAAUUCGGGGGCCCGAAACCAAAUAUUAGUAUGUGUAAUCAAAUGGUGACGAGUGAAAUUAGGGAAUAAUUUCACGCGCGUUUUGUCCAAAUCCUUAUCAUUUAUAGAUUAUUAGGAUUUGGACAGAACGCAAGUGAAAUUAUUCCCUAAUUUCACGAGUAUACCAUUUGGUUACUUAUUAAUAUCAUGGGUGACGAAUUUACGUUAGCAAUCUUAGAUUUCGCCAUGUUUAUACUGGAUCGUAUCCAUCGAGAACUCCACUCUCUCAAUCUCUCAAUCUCUAGAUCGCUGGACCUGUAGAUCGCUGGAUUCAUUGAUUAUGGAUCGGUAGAUCGCUGCAUCUGUAGAUCGCUGGAUCGGUAGAUCGCUGCAUCUGUAGAUCGCUGGAUCGGUAGAUUGAUGGAUCUGUAGAUCGCUGGAUCGGUAGAUCGAUGGAUCUGUAGAUCGCUGGAUCGGUAGAUCGCUGCAUCUGUAGUUCGCCCGAUGGGUAGAUCGAUGGAUCUAUAGAUCGCUAGAUCUGUACAUCUUAUCGAUCGAGAACUCCACUCUCUCAAAUGUUUAGUAAAUUUGGCGUAUAAAGUUCAGAAUUUUUUAGACUUUUUCGGCAAAAUACCUGUUUAGAGUCCGUCUUGAUGUUCUCUUGUGUGUUCAGGUUUUCUAAAGCGUCUUUUUGUGCCCUGACAUCUUCAUUCAGGGCAUUUUAAAACUUCGUCGCCAUCUUGACACUGAGACGUACGGAAGUUACCAUGGCAAUUUUGUAAUUUCACAUGUCGAAUUACAAAUUAACGCUGAAAUUUCGCGCCAAAAUUAAGGAGUAAUUCGUCACUUAUGAUAUUAAAAGUAAAAUCUUAUUGAUAAAAGCGCGGAACUUUAUUUCACAAACCGGUCCAUUUUGUUUUGGUAACUGAUGGUCUUAUCAUGUUAUCUCCAAAACGUUUGGCACCUCGAUCUUGAAUGUAAACAUGUAAACAAAACAGGUUUACGAGGCCGGUAAUCACCAGGCCCCGGUUGCUCAAUAGUUGGGUAACGCUUUCCACCGGAUAAAUCGCUAUCCAGCGGAUACGAAAACCACCUCUUGAACAAACGGGACAGGACGUUCGAGAAACGGACCCCGGGUCCACCUAGUGGCGGGUUAAAGCGGCACUUGAACCCAGUCUCCCCUAGUUACAAGUCUGUUGCCUGGGUCAGUCAGGCACGCUGCCUCGGCAGCAUUAUUUUAAAGUCAAUUUAUUUAUUUAUUUGCCACACACGUGUAAAAAUACAAAUAAUAUAAGAUAAGUAGAAAAAAGGAGUAGUGGCGAGGAGACCUAACAGAAACUAUAGGAGCUUAUGAGAGAUUAGGCGUGCUCCAUCUACGGUCUCUAGCUGUUUACAUCAAGUGAAACAAGAGACGGCGUUAAGUCCAAUGUGGAAAAGAUAUGAUUGUUUUUCAUAUACACUUAUUAAUUUCAUAAAUGAGGAAAGGGAUGGAAAGUUGAUGCCUUUGUUGUCAAGUGAAUUAAAAAACUUGGGUCCUUGAGAAACACUGAAAACUUCUUAGUGUUUUUUCGACAAUAGGGUAGACAGUAGGCCUGGGAUUCUAGUAUUGUAAGAAGGGAAUUGGUUGCUUUGGGAGAACUUGUGAUAAGGUCGCUUCUGUAGAUUAACUCUUGCAUUGUUGUGUUCGUAGUCUCGAAAGAUCACGGAGGAAUUUUGAGGGUUUUCAACGUGGUCCCUCUCCGCAGCCCUUGAUAUCAGACUCUGUGGGCGGUCUAUAUGGCUCACCUGACGUCAGUCCCGAUAGAAUGCACUCAAGGGUAAUGAAAAGUGAUUGUAGUUACACACGCUAGGCUUACAGCGUUAUGUCACAGUAUUUUUUUGUAUAACCUUCAAAAUAUUCCGCGCGAACAAGAACUUAUUACAACUCUUGCAGCUCUUGUUUGAAUAGCGGUUUACUUUGAGAGAGGCUUCUAUGGAAUGCUGAAUACUCCUGAGUAAAUAAUCAUCUGAUUGAUUGAUUGAUUGAUUUUUCUAGGGAGACGGGCAGUUAAUGAAGGCUGUAGAAAAUGAACUUAACAAAAGUAUAAAGCGACAUUUGGAGAGCGGUAAGUACAACCUCAUUGGUAAAACUGAGAAAACAAAGUCAAAUAUGGCUAGCCCGUGAGUGGCUGUCGGUCAGUGCAGACAAGUGAAAAAGCUGGCGAGCAGCGAAAAAUGAGGCGAGCGAAAAAUCAGCGGGAAUAGAGAAGAGGAUAGUAUGGAAGCAUUAUUUUGAAUACCUCCGUCCGCUCACUUCCAGAAAAACCGUUACUCCUGUAAGUGUCAAAUGUCGAAGUGUGCGGUGUUUGAGGGUUUCACACGCUCGUUAUGUUUUUUCAACACCGCGCUCGCAAAGCCAAGUGAUUGAUGUUAGUAUUAACCUAAACCGUGACAAAACUGACCAAUAACAGGUAUUCCAGGAGCUGGUAUACCGGAAUGACAGACUGGCAGACGGACGCUCUCACGCGAUGUGAUAAGGCGUUGUUUUUAAGAAUGUACGUUGAUGUUUCUGAAUUUCUUUUCGCAGCUCCCAUUACAUCCGACCUCGAUCUCAAGCCGAGUCUGCUAAGUGAUAGGGACAGCGUAUCGUAUGAUCCUCUUUCCGCCUCCUCUAAACAGUAUAUGUCCCUUUUAAGGAAAAACUACUUUGUAUAGGGACAAGAAACAGCUCUACUGAGCUCUUUAUAUCGCGAGCUUCUUAGGAUAUCUUAAUUGCGUGAAGAAAAAAAAUUGCCUGAAAGGCUGUAAAGAGAAUUUAUGCAUGUCCAGUCUGCAAAAAUUUCUUAUCGGUCGCUUAGGAUUAAAUUUGUCUCAAGCCUAAAACAAUUUUUAAAUAACAGGAAAAGUUGUUAAAAAUUUCUUUUCCUUGAAUAAUAAAGUUUUUUUAAUACCAAUUUUCAGAAAAAAGAUAAUUAUGUAAUUUAAAGUGUGUAGUAACUUUGUAUAAUUAUAUUAUUAAUAGUUGUACUAUACAGCGAUCCAGUGGACAAACAUUUUUUUACUCAGAUUUAUUUAUUUAUCAUCUAGUUCGCUCGUUGUUAAUCUGACAUUUAUUUUAAACGUUCAUCCCAGACGGCUGUUUUUACUCAAUUAAAAUAUUUUUGCUAGAAUCUGUUGCAUUUUUUCUUUGAUUUUGUAAGGAAGUCUUGUUUAAAACUCUCUUUAGC